AAUCGGAGAUAACUGCCAGCAUUUAGGUGAGGCUGGAAAUCAGCAUGAUACGUAGGGAGAAGUGCUGAAGAUUAAGGUAGAAGGAUUGGUGGGCCAGGUCUUAUAAGUGGGGCCCAGAUCAUUGAUCUGAUGAUGCUGGUUAUCGACGUGACCAAGGGGAUGCAGACUCAGUCAGCAGAGUGCCUUGUGAUUGGGCAGAUCGCCUGCCAGAAGCUGGUUGUGGUUCUGAACAAGAUGGACCUCUUGGCUGAAGGGAAGAGACAGGCAGCGAUUGAUAAAAUGACCAAGAAAAUGCAGAAGACCCUAGAGAACACCAAGUUCCGAGGUGCACCGAUUAUACCUGUGGCGGCCAAGCCCGGGGGACCAGAGGCCCCCGAAACAGAAGCUCCACAGGGCAUCUCAGAGCUCAUUGAGCUCCUGACAUCCCAGAUUUCCAUCCCAAUGAGAGACCCUUCGGGACCAUUCCUCAUGUCUGUGGACCACUGCUUCUCCAUUAAAGGCCAGGGCACUGUGAUGACAGGAACCAUCCUCUCAGGCUCCAUCAGCCUCGGUGACAACGUGGAGAUUCCUGCUCUUAAGGUGGUGAAGAAGGUCAAGUCUAUGCAGAUGUUCCAUAUGCCUGUCACCUCGGCCAUGCAAGGAGACCGGCUGGGCAUCUGUGUCACCCAGUUUGACCCUAAGCUGCUGGAGCGUGGCCUAGUGUGUGCCCCUGAGUCCCUGCAAACCGUCUAUGCAGCCCUCAUCUCCGUAGAGAAGAUCCCAUAUUUCCGAGGGCCCCUGCAGACCAAGGCCAAGUUCCACAUCACAGUGGGCCAUGAGACAGUCAUGGGUCGACUGAUGUUCUUUAGCCCUGACCCUGACAGCUUUGACCACGAGCCUGUGCUGGAUACCUUUGACUUUUCCCAAGAAUACUUGUUCCAGGAACAGUACCUCUGCAAGGAUAUGGAGCCAGCAGUGACAGAUAGUGGCCAGGCCAACGAGAAGGCGGGCCAGGCCACAGAAAGCCGCUGCCCCCGUCAGCAGUGGGCCCUCGUAGAGUUUGAGAAGCCUGUAACCUGCCCUCGGCUAUGCCUGGUGAUCGGCUCCAGGCUGGAUGCUGAUAUUCACACCAACAUGUGCCGUCUGGCCUUCCAUGGUGUCCUGCUGCAUGGGUUGGAGGACAAAAACUAUGCUGAGAGCCUCCUGCCUAGGCUCAGAGUGUACAAGCUGAAGCACAAGCAUGGCCUUGUGGAGCGGGUGAUAGAUGACUACAGCGUGAUUGGCCGCUCCCUGUUCAAAAAGGAGACCAACAUCCAGCUCUUUGUGGGGCUCAAGGUGCACCUGUCCACUGGGGAACUGGGGGUCAUUGACAGUGCCUUCGGCCAGAGUGGCAAGUUCAAGAUCCACAUCCCUGGUGGCCUCAGCCCCGAGUCUAAGAAGAUCCUGACACUCACCCUCAAGAAGCGGAGCCGGGCUGGCCGAGUGGAGGCAGCCAAGCAGGAGGAAGGCGUGGAUCGGCCUGAGCCUGCGCAACAUGUGGCACUCAGCCUAUCUUUUAAGCGUUAUGUCUUCGACACCCACAAGCGUAUGGUCCAGUCUCCCUGAGUGCCCCAGUGAUCAUCCCUAGGACCACCAUGCCCAGGCCUAAGCUAGGCCAGAGUGCCAAACACCCAACCAGACAUGCCUUGACUUCCUGCAGUCUCCCCACAGCCCUAUAGGCAGCAGGCCCCCCAGGCGCAGCGUUCAGCCCCAGUGAGAAGCCCAGGGAGUGGUGCGAAGCAGCGUCCUUCCACCCCUACACCCUCCCACUAAGGGAUAGCAUCCAAGGAAGAAUGGGCCUCGGCUGGAGAGCUGGUAGCCAGCGUCUCCCAGGGUGCCCAGCUGGUGGCCUCAUGGAGGGUCGCUCCCCACUCUGUCCUCAUCUGGCUUCCGGGCACUUGCCAGCUGCAAAUAAAUGUCUCAUGGUGUCCCCCACUGCCGGUCUCUCCGAUUUCACCUGAGGGAUCCCUCACCCAUACCCAGGGCUUCUGCCAAGGUGGGCUGAGGAGUCCACAGGAUAUUGGACCCUAGGCCAGGCCGGGUAGCCUCUGGGGUCUCCUGGUCCUUCAGAGGGCAUAGGGGUUCUCUGAGCAUCUGAGUCCGAGAAGGACACCUACAGGAUGUCAGGGUACAGUGGGGUACUGGGCCAGGGCAUUGGGCAGAGGUAGGCUAAAGGGGUUUCUCUUCCAUUCCGACUCUAGGAGUCCCUAGGUCCCUGCCUUCAUGUUUGGGGCCCACAUUCUCCCCUGAAUAUGAAGGUGAGGGCCGGUAACAGCCUUGCACAGAGCAUACUGUAGGCCAGGGGAAGUGAGAUCAGACCUUGCUCCUCUGCCCCCUGCACCCACCUUGAAGCCCAAGCUAUUGAUACUCAGAAAAGGGUGAAAUGGCAGAACCAACUGAUUGAGGGGAAAACAAAGCUUUUAAAGAUAUUCAUAGGAUGAACAGGUGUUCCAACGUUCCUUUAUUUGGCCUCCAGACAGACGAAGAGGCCUCCCUUUUAUCUCAGUAAUUGGUUGUAUUAUACUUUAAUUUUCAAAAAUGGCAUUAAAAAUAUGAACAGAG